AUGAGGCCCUUUCUGUCUUUUUUCAUCGGCAUCACAGCUAUCCUCCUUCCACUGUUCUAUACCUAUAGAUCAACCUUUACUACAUCGCUAGUCUCCAGUCUGCUGCAGCGUUUCCAACACCCCACGACUACUCCUAUCACCACCGGAAACAUUCAGUCGCACGAUCUCUAUCCACUUCCUGUCGUGUUUCCAGUCACCGAAAUGGCCAUUCCUCGAGCAAUCCGCCAGGUCUUCCUGGCCAUCGAGCAAGCCGAGGGCGCCGGUGCGCGGGUCCGCCGCUCCGUCGGCACCGCCAAGCUGCGCAACUUCAGCCCCUUCCUGAUGCUGGACCAUUUCACGAUCGGGCGCGGGGCCGGGUUCCCCGACCACCCGCACCGCGGCCAGGAGACCAUCACCUACCUGCUCUCCGGCGGGGUUGACCACGAGGACUUCGCCGGCAACAAGGGCACCAUCGGACCGGGUGACCUGCAGUUCAUGACCGCCGGCCGCGGCAUCAUGCACGCCGAGAUGCCGCACGAGAACCCCGACGGCUCCCCCAACGUCGGCAUGCAGCUGUGGGUCGACCUGCCCAAGCACCUGAAGAUGUGCGAGCCGCGGUACCGCGACCUCCGCGCUACUGAGAUCCCCGCCGCGUCUGUCGACGAUGGCCGCGUCACCGUCAAGGUCAUCUCGGGUCAGUCGCACGGCGUCGACUCCGUGCGCGACCUCGCCUACACCCCCGUCUGGUUGCUGGACGUCACCAUUCGUCCCGGUGGCCGCAUCGCCCAGCCUCUGCCGCAGGGCUGGAACGCCUUUGCCUACACCCUGGCCGGCACCACCGUGUUCGGCUCCAACGAUUCCACCCAGCUGGUCAAGGAAUUCCACAACGUCGUCUUCGACCAGCCCGGCGACUACGUCGAGGCGUCCGUGCCCGAUAACGCCGAGUCUGAGGCUCGCUUCUUGCUAGUCGCCGGCCAGCCGCUGGACCAGAAGGUCGUACAGUACGGCCCCUUCGUCCUGACUAGCCAGGAGGAGGUCUACCAAGCCAUGAUGGAUUACCAGACCGCGUCGAACGGGUUUGAGAGGACCCGCGGGUGGGAGAGUGAGAUCGGCAAGAGGAUGGCAUUCUAG